AUGAGGGCCGGGCGGACCCCAAAGUAGGAAGAGCGCGGGUUGGGGUUAGGGGUUGUCUGGCAGCCAAUGGGAGCGUGUCCCAACCCUUCGAGGAGGGGGUCCUCAAGCGUGCUUGCGAGCGACCAGGGCCGCACCGCCCGGGCGAGACGGGGGAGUAGGAAUCGUGGGGGGGGCCUGUAUUUCCCCAGAGUCUCCUCCCAGUCCAGGGAGAUGCUCCAGCCUCAGCCUUUGGAAGGCAAGAAAGGGACCGAGUCAGAAGAGAGGGAGGACAGUUCCACGGCAGAUCUGAAAGAAAUCGUCACCUUGGUUUUGGUGGGAGAGAACAUUGCGACACCAAAGGGGCUUCAGAAUGCCCAGCAGCAAGGCAAGAAGAAGAGGAAGAAAAAGAGAUGAUUGGUGAUCAAUAUGUGCAGCUGCCGAUAUGAGAGUGUGCGUAGGGCCGCCCAACAGUAUGGCCUUCGAGAGGGAGGGGAAAACGACGACUGGACUCUCUACUGGACUGACUUCUCAGUGUCGCUGGAGCGGGUGAUGGAGAUGAAAAGUUACCAGAAAAUCAAUCACUUCCCAGGGAUGAGUGAAAUCUGCCGCAAGGACUUGCUGGCCAGGAAUAUGAGUCGCAUGUCAAAGUUGUUCCCUAAAGAUUUCCACUUUUUCCCUCGGACCUGGUGUCUUCCUGCUGACUGGGGAGACUUGCAGAACUACAGCAGGUCAAGAAAAAAUAAGACAUACAUUUGUAAGCCGGAUUCGGGCUGCCAAGGGAGAGGUAUAUUCAUCACCCGGACGGUGAAAGAAAUCAAACCGGGGGAGGAUAUGAUCUGUCAGCUCUAUAUUUCCAAGCCCUUUAUCAUCGAUGGGUUCAAGUUUGACCUACGGAUUUAUGUGCUGAUCACAUCCUGUGACCCUCUCAGGAUUUUUACGUAUAAGGAAGGACUGGCCCGCUUCGCCACGACCUCUUACUCCCACCCUUGCACAGACAACCUGGAUGAUAUCUGCAUGCACCUGACCAAUUACUCCAUCAAUAAGCACAGUUCCAACUUCGUUCAAGACUCGCUCUCUGGCAGCAAGAGGAAGCUCUCCACCUUCAACACGUACAUGGAGAGCCACGGCUACAACGUGGAGCAGAUAUGGAGAGAUAUCGAGGAUGUCAUCAUCAAGACGAUCAUCUCCGCCUACCCCAUCAUCAAGCACAACUACCACACCUGCUUCCCCAACCACACACUCAACAGCGCCUGCUUCGAAAUCCUGGGCUUCGACAUUUUGUUGGACCGCAAACUCAAGCCCUGGUUGCUGGAGGUCAACCACUCUCCGAGCUUCUCCACCGACUCCUGCUUGGAUAAGGAGGUGAAGGACAGCCUGCUGUAUGACACCUUGGUCCUGAUCAACCUGGGGAGCUGUGACAAAAAGAAAGUCUUAGAGGAGGAGAAGCAGCGGGGCCGGUUCCUGCAGCAAUGCCGUUCCCGGGAGGCCAAGAUCAAGGAACUCAAGGGUUUCCAGGCCUUGCGUCAAGAGAAAACUGAGAAGUAUGAGAAGGAAAACGGUGGAAGUUUCCACCUGAUUUAUCCCAAUCUGAAUUCGGAGAAGUAUGAGAAGUUUUUCCAGGACAAUAACUCCCUCUUCCAGAAUACUGCCACCUCCAGGGCCCGGGAGCUGUAUGCCCGGCAACUGAUCCAGGAGCUGAGACUGAAACAGGAGAAAAAAUCCUUGCAAACAAAAGAGAAGAAGGUAGAGAUGCAGGGAGAAUCGGCAGGCGAGCACGCGAGAGCCAAGGGGGCGAAAAGCUGGCAACAGACACAACACCGAAAAUACAAGGCCGCUGCCACCCAAGUCUCCAAACAACUGUGUGUUUCGUUUCCUCCUUUCCAAUCCCUCCAGUCGCUGACACUAGUGCCCUCCGCGCCUGAUGUGCUCUUGGAUGUCAGAGAUGAAAAGAAAAAUGAGACAGAGAUCAGCCUCAACCAGGAGGCCCCCAAGAAGGAAGACGGCCCUGCUUCCCCCGAGCCUUCCUCUGCGAGACAUUACUGCUCGCUCCCCGACCUGAGGAACUCAAGCCUUUUCAGCUGCUCUGGGCUGGACCUCAGUAAACCCAUCUCCAGACUCAAGAAAGCCAAGUGUGCCUCUGUAGUGAACAUCCUCCCCAGCCCCCUCUUAUCGUCAUUAGAGACCUCAGAAACCUGCACCCAGUUCUCAGACUCCCCUGAGUCCCCGCUGCUGAGCACGACAAACAGCCCAGAAUGCAGUAGCCCAGAGAUGGACAGAGUGGUCUCCCUGAAAUGCAAACAGCAGACCUCCCAGUACCUCUUCCAGGAGAAAAUAUCAAAAAUUUCUCUGCCGGCAAAAUCCCAGCGCUACUCGUUGAACCCACGUUGGACUUGGCUAAAGAAUAACGCGAGGAAACAGCAUCUGAUGUCAGAGCUGUUCACCAAGGUUCACCUGAGGGAGAAGCUCUCCUUGUUCCCAGCUUCCUGCAACCCAAAGCUGGCGUUACAGAACCAGUCACAAAACUUCUCCCUGCCCCAGAAAUGUUAUUUGCGCAGCCAAAGCUCUCAUGAGAAGAGGCCGCUGGAUAUGCCUUCGCUCCUCUUCUUGAAGAAAACUCACCGCCGUGAUGUUUCUCUGAGGGAUCUGCUGGUGGUGGCCACUUCAGCCCGACUGGAUCCGAGGCCUGACAGAAGACGUCUGGGUGCUAUGAGGGACCCGUGUAUACAGGAUCGGGAAGCAUGCAAUCACUGCCUGAUCUCUGGUCAAAAAGAAUGUGAGAGGAAAUAG